CCAACCUGCACGGAUGCGCAGCGUUAGAAAAAAAAUAACCAAAGAAUAAAGGUAGCAAAAGUGAACAAAAAGGCGAAGGAAUUAAGGUUUUUUCCCGAAGGAAGCCCAAAGCAGAUCGCAAAAAGAAGCAUUCAGAAGCCUUCAACUGGUUGAUUUUUGUUUUUUGAUAACUUUAAAAAAACUUGAAUUUUUCGAAAAUGUCAGACUGGAGCGAAGAGGAAGUCGAUUCGAAUAAAGGAACAAAAGCGAAGGAGGUAGAUGGUUGGAGCGACGAGGAGACUCCACAGACAACCGCAAGCCGUGGAGGAGGCCCCGAUGGGGUCGAUCGCGGCAGUUACCGCGGAGGACGUGCCGGAGGAGACGGUGGCUAUAGACGUCGCUAUGACGCUGAAGAUGGCGAAGGACGCCGUGGAGGCUUUAAUCGCGACCGUGGAGAUCGCGGCGACGGCGAAGAACGCGGAGAACGGAAAGAACGUCGUCGCAAAGAUGACGAUGAGGACGAUCUGAAUAACAACAAGGACGGAGAAGAUGCCGAGAAAAAGCGGGAGUUUUAUAUCCCGCCAGAACCAUCCACCGAUGAAGCCGAGAUUUUCAGCACUGGCAUCUCAUCGGGCAUCAAUUUUUCGAAGUAUGAUAACAUUCCUGUGAAGGUAAGCGGCGAUAAUCCACCAGCUGCCAUAAAGAAGUUCGAAGAUGCUAAAUUGAGGGAUAUUAUCGCGGCAAAUGUGACGAAAUCGGGCUAUAAGUUGGCCACGCCCAUUCAAAAGGUCGCCAUACCGGUGAUUGCCGCUGGCCGUGACCUGAUGGCCUGUGCCCAGACUGGUUCUGGCAAGACGGCCGCCUUCCUCUUGCCGAUACUCAACUUAUUGUUGAACGAUGCCGUCGAUCUGGAGAUUGGCAAGCCACAGGCUGUGAUCGUAUCGCCCACUCGCGAGUUGGCCAUUCAGAUCUAUCACGAGGCUAGGAAGUUCAGUCACGAGUCGUAUUUGAAGAUCAGCAUUUUGUAUGGCGGCACUUCGGUCAAGUACCAGAACGAGUCGAUUAUGAUGGGAUGCCAUCUGCUGAUUGCCACCCCAGGGCGUCUGCUUGAUUUUGUGGAGCGUGCUUUCAUCACUUUCGACGAUACCCGUUUCCUUGUCAUGGACGAGGCCGAUCGCAUGCUGGACAUGGGGUUCUCGGAAAGCAUGCGCAAGAUUGUCACUCACUGCACAAUGCGCGCCCAGCAUCAGACCUUGAUGUUUUCGGCCACAUUCCCCCAGGAGAUCCAGCGCAUGGCUGGCGAGUUUCUCAACAACUAUAUUUUUGUAACUAUUGGCGUUGUUGGCGGUGCUUGUUCUGAUGUCAAGCAGACAAUCCAUGAGGUCACAAAGUACAACAAGCGCCGCAAAUUAAUUGACAUUUUGAAAGAAAGCGCCGAUGGCACCAUUGUCUUCGUUGAGACCAAACGUGGCGCAGAUUUUCUGGCCUCGUAUUUGUCGGAAGCCGAGCAUCCCACAACUUCGAUUCAUGGCGAUCGACUACAGAGUCAGCGCGAGCAGGCUCUGCGCGACUUUAAGACUGGCAAGAUGAAAGUGCUCAUUGCCACAUCGGUUGCUUCUCGUGGUCUAGAUAUUAAGAACGUCAAGCAUGUCGUUAACUACGAUAUGCCCAAGACCAUUGAUGACUAUGUUCAUCGUAUUGGGCGCACCGGUCGUGUGGGAAAUAAUGGUCGGGCCACUUCGUUCUUUGAUCCCGAUCAGGAUUCGGCCUUGGCCUCAGAUCUGGUUAAAAUUCUUGAGGGAUCUGACCAGGUAGUGCCAGGAUUUCUACGCGUUUUGAGUGGUGGCGGUGGCCAUGGCGGUUGCGGGUCCCAGUUUGGUGGCUAUGAUGUUCGCGGAAGUGGCAAUGUCAUCCAGGAAGCUUCAGCUGUAGAAGAUGAACAGGAAUGGGACUAGGCCGCUCUGACUAAAAAGAAAAACCAUUGACUAAAAUAAGGCUUAUAUAUAGAAGUAAAAUAUAUAUGUACAUAUAUAUAUGUAUAUAUAUAUAUAUGAAGCCUUUAUAAACAUCAAUUGCCUUGCAUAAGUUGGCACAUUUUCAAAUAAAAGAAUAAUUCAUAUAUGAUCAAUAA